ACUCAGCUGGUCGAGCAGUUCAAAUGUCUGGAGCAGCAGUCGGAGUCGCGCCUGCAGCUGCUGCAGGACCUGCAGGAGUUCUUCCGCAGGAAGGCUGAGAUCGAGCUGGAGUACUCCCGGAGCCUGGAGAAACUGGCUGAACGCUUCUCCUCAAAGAUACGCAGCUCCAGGGAGCACCAGUUCAAGAAAGAUCAGCACCUGCUUUCCCCUGUGAACUGCUGGUACCUGGUUCUGACGCAGACCCGGCGAGAGAGCAGAGAUCACGCCACCCUGAAUGACAUCUUCAUGAACAAUGUCAUCGUCCGGCUGUCGCAGAUCAGUGAGGAUGUCAUCAGGCUCUUCAAAAAGAGCAAGGAGAUUGGCUUACAGAUGCAUGAAGAACUCCUGAAAGUCACCAACGAGCUUUACACGGUGAUGAAGACCUACCACAUGUAUCAUGCCGAAAGCAUCAGUGCUGAGAGCAAGCUGAAGGAGGCGGAGAAGCAGGAGGAAAAGCAGUUCAACAAGUCAGGGGACAUCAGCGUGAACCUGCUGCGGCACGAGGACAGGCCUCAGCGGCGGAGCUCCGUCAAGAAGAUUGAGAAGAUGAAGGAGAAGAGACAAGCCAAAUAUUCUGAAAACAAGCUGAAGUGUACUAAAGCCAGGAAUGACUACCUGCUGACCCUGGCAGCCACCAACGCAGCUGUCAGUAAAUACUACAUCCACGACGUCUCUGACCUCAUUGAUUGCUGUGAUCUGGGGUUCCACGCCAGCCUCGCUCGGACCUUCAGGACGUACCUGUCUGCCGAGUACAACCUGGAAACCUCCCGCCACGAGGGCCUGGACAUCAUCGAGAAUGCUGUGGACAACCUGGAUGCACGGAGUGACAAGCACACCAUCAUGGACAUGUGCAACCAGGUCUUCUGCCCUCCGCUGAAGUUCGAGUUCCAGCCUCACAUGGGGGACGAGGUGUGUCAGGUCAGCGCCCAGCAGCCUGUGCAGACGGAGUUGCUGAUGCGGUACCACCAGCUGCAGUCGCGACUAGCCACCCUCAAGAUAGAGAAUGAAGAGGUACGAAAAACUCUGGAUGCCACAAUGCAGACUUUGCAGGACAUGCUGACAGUGGAAGAUUUUGAUGUUUCAGACGCCUUCCAGCAUAGUCGCUCCACUGAGUCGGUCAAAUCGGCUGCAUCAGAGACCUACAUGAGUAAAAUAAACAUCGCCAAGAGGAGAGCCAACCAGCAGGAAACUGAAAUGUUCUAUUUUACAAAAUUUAAAGAGUAUUUGAAUGGCAGUAACCUUAUCACGAAGCUCCAGGCUAAGCAUGACCUGCUGAAGCAGACUCUUGGAGAAGGUGAAAGAGCCGAAUGUGGAACAACCAGGCCCCCAUGUCUUCCCCCUAAGCCACAGAAAAUGAGGAGACCUAGGCCUCUCUCAGUCUAUAAUCAUAAACUCUUUAACGGCAAUAUGGAAACAUUCAUUAAGGAUUCAGGACAGGCUAUUCCGCUUGUAGUAGAAAGCUGCAUUCGCUACAUCAAUUUGUAUGGCCUUCAGCAGCAGGGCAUUUUCAGAGUCCCUGGCUCCCAGGUGGAAGUCAACGACAUCAAGAACUCGUUUGAGAGAGGUGAAGAUCCCCUUGCUGAUGAUCAGAAUGAACGUGACAUUAAUUCAGUGGCUGGAGUCUUGAAGCUGUACUUCCGAGGACUGGAAAAUCCCCUCUUUCCUAAGGAAAGGUUUCAAGAUUUGAUAUCUACUAUAAAAAUCGAGAACUCCACCGAGAGAGUGCACCAGAUCCAGCAAAUCAUCGUCACUCUGCCUCGGGCUGUCAUCGUCGUCAUGAGAUAUCUUUUUGCUUUCCUUAAUCACUUGUCGCAGUACAGCGAUGAGAACAUGAUGGAUCCCUACAACCUGGCCAUCUGCUUCGGGCCCACGCUGAUGCACAUUCCAGAUGGGCAGGAUCCGGUGUCCUGCCAAGCCCACGUCAAUGAGGUCAUCAAGACCAUCAUCAUUAACCAUGAGGGCAUCUUCCCCAGCCACAGAGAGCUGGAAGGACCUGUCUACGAGAAGUGCAUGACUGGAGGGGAGGAGUACUGUGACAGCCCGCACAGCGAGCCAGGCACCAUCGAUGAAGUUGACCAUGACAACGGCACGGAGCCACACACCAGUGAUGAAGAAGUGGAGCAGAUUGAAGCCAUAGCAAAGUUUGACUAUGUUGGACGGUCUCCACGAGAGCUCUCCUUUAAGAAAGGGGCCUCGCUCCUGCUGUACCAUCGGGCCUCAGAAGACUGGUGGGAAGGGAGACAUAACGGUGUGGAUGGCCUCAUACCCCACCAGUACAUUGUGGUGCAAGACAUGGAUGAUGCCUUCUCCGACAGCCUGAGCCAGAAGGCAGACAGCGAGGCAAGCAGCGGACCUCUGCUGGAUGAUAAAGCCUCCUCCAAGAACGACAUCCAAUCUCCGACGGAUCAUAUUGUGGACUAUGGCUUUGGGGGAGUAAUGGGCCGGUAGGGAAACUCUCACUUUCCUAUGGACGCGGAGGUGGUCUCUGUCACAUGCGGGGAGAGUCAGUGUG